AUGGACUCUGGAAGUGAAGUUCAAAACUGUAAAUCAUUGAACACUUUAACAGUGAAGUUUCGCAACUGCACGUUCCCAGAUUUCAAUAUGUCUCUAAAAUGCAUUGGAUCUUUCAUGGGAACAAACGCUUCCCGCUACAUUGUCGUGGCUAAUGAGGAAACCGACGAGUAUCGCUGUGGGCGAUUGUCGCCUUCAUCUGACAACAUCCUAUCAGUCUAUUUCUCUAGGGACUCUUUUUGCGACUCGCUGAAUGAGAAUAGCGCCUUUGAGCUCUAUAAGCUGAAGCCAGUUCAAUCUCAGCCUGCUGUGGCGCAGUGUCAUUUCCCGAGUUCUAUUCGUGGGGAAUAUGAUUCCCUUACCAUCACUGCCGAAUGGCUACAGUACGCUCAAGCAGGUGAAAACACGGUAGCCGUGAUGUCCAGAUGCGUUCACAUCACUGACGAUCGAAUAUUUGUUUAUUCGGAAACUAAAUGUGGAGAACCUCUCGGCUAUCACUGCUUGUGGUUUGCACCACGAAGCGAGAGCCUCAUCGAAUUCAAAACUACUACGCUUCAAGAAGCCCCCAAUCCAAAUGCUUGCAGUGCCGACAGCGAAUUCGCUCAGUGGCCAUGGACCGCUGCAGUGAUCAAAAGUGUAGUUCCGUCGCCAUGUGGAAUCGUUGGUAAGUACACUACUCCGAAAGAAUUGCGCUCUCAGGACUGCUACAACGUAACUGUCGACUGCGAAAAUCAAAGCAUAAUGGAGAUUACCGCAUCGCAUUGCUCAACGGAUGUCGCAUUUGACUCUCGACAGUAUCAGUGCAUCGCUUCGUGGAGGGAUGGGAAGUCUCUUUAUUUGUUCGCUUUAAGCGGCCAAGAAACACAAUCAUGCUUCGUAGCAGAAUUUUCGUCCGGUCGACUGCAUCUGGCUUCAACUGGACCUCAUUGCUCAAGAGAUUUCAAUUUCUCCCAAAAUGCAGAGAAGACAAUUGUUCUUCGAAGAAGAAGCUGCACUUCGCCACAGAAACUGAAGCCGUCGAGGAAGCCAGCUGGUUCUGUAGCGAAGGCGUCUUCCACAGUGUUGGUGGACGAGGAAAACAAGGAAAACACAAGUAGUCAUUUGCCUCCGAUUGCUGAAUCAGCUGUCAACGGCCCGCAAUGGACGUCAGGUCCAUCCAAUGUGGCGACGAGCACUCGAAACAUUUUACUGUACAUUGCGAUUUUCAUGCACUGCAUAAUCUUUCAGUGCUAUCGGGUGUAA